UAUAUAACUGGCCCUUGUGACUGGACUGGCCAUGCAAACUGGAUUCCAGAGGCAAGCUCACCACACAGCCAGACCAGCACCUGCUGUAAAAGCUAACUGCCACGCUGCUACCUCAACUCCUAUGGGGCCUGGAUCCUGUAAACGGGGCCAACUCUCAGCAGCUAAAAAUUAAGUGCUUUGGAAAUUACAGGAGAUUCUACACAAGAUAGUUUGAUGUUUUGGAACAGGUGGAUGUUUUGGAUCUCAUGGGAGUUUUAAAUUGUCUUGGGGCAAAAUAUCUUCUUGUACGUUACCAGCAGCUGUCAUCCUGGAAUACUCAUUAUUUCACAUUAUCCAGCGAAACCCUGGAACAGCACCGGAUACUUUAAGGAAGUUGAAGUUGAAAACAAACAUAAAUUACAGCAGGAGCAAGCACAAGUUCUCAGAAUUUUCAACCAAGUGAAUCACUGAUUAACAAGUCUUUCUUUUACAGUAUGUGUGCUGUUGAGUUAUAAUGUGCACUCUUUUUCCUUUCUGGAGGACAAAAAUAAUUAGAAGUGGCUUGGAGUAUCAGUACAGAUCUUCUCUUACAUCUCUUCUUCCUCAUACAAGCUUCCUCAUUCAUUCUUCUACAUCAUACAAGCUUCUGAGCCAAAAACGUCAGUGUCGCGUCUGAUUUCAUGUACUGUUGCAUUGGAAUAAAAUAAUUAAUUUCAGAUUUUUUGUAUAUACAUAUUUUCCAAACCUUUUCCAUGCAAAUAUGUCAGAGGACAAAUUUCUAAAUAACGUUUUAAAAUAUGUGUCUCACUCAUCCAUUUCUUUGAAAGAAAAAGCCACUGAGCUUCAAACAACAAGAGUAGAGGAGAAGGAAAUUAACCCAUCACUGGCUGACGAUUCCUUGGAUGACUCAUCAAGUUCAUAUUGUUCUGCCCUUUGUUCACUCAGUGAGUAUAGUGAGGCACUGGGAGACGAAACACAGACAACUUGUACUGACCCACCAUGUGAGAAUGCUCUAUCUGAGACCUCACAAUCUGUUGCUGUUUCAGGACAAAUGUUUGGAAACUGUUCAUCUCAGAACACUGAUCUCUGGGAAGACCCCCAAACAAAGCAGAAGAACAAUAAAGGAAAUUCACAGUAUGAUUUAAGUGAAAAAACAAUAUACAGCCAAAAUAAAGAUUCUGUCAAAAUUCCUGUUUUGAUAGAAUCCAAAAAAAAUUCUUCAAGCCCUAAAAUAACUAUUUUAAAUGUGAACCUUAAAAAUCAAAAUUCUGUAAUUGCUGACCAAGGCAGUGUUCCCACCAAUAAACCUAAUCCCACACCAUCGGACUAUUUAAAAAGUAAGAUUAAUGCUGCUCAAACUGAUACCAAAGUCCUGGAACACAAAGUUACCUCAAAUAAUAUUUUACCCAGGAGUUUAGAUAAGUACCAGCAAGAAAACAACCAAAAGCACAAUGAUAUUGAAUCAGAAGAACAACCAACAUUUCAAACACUUUACACUGCAAGCUUCAGAAAUGCUCAGUAUAAACUGAGCACUGAGAUCAACCUGGAUAGUAGUGAAUCUAUCAUAAGUAAAUUUAAAUGGGAGGGGGAGGAGCAUGGUAUAGGGUUUGGAAAAGCGCAAGCAGAGCUGUCACUCAAUACUGGAAAUAGAAAACUGCCUGCAAGCUGCACCUCAACAUUCAUAGCCAACAAGCAGAAGUCAGGAAUCCUUCCACGUUGUUAUUCCAAACGUCUCCUCACAACCAGGAACCAACACCAGAGCUCUCCGGUUUCUCGGACAUUGAAAAAGCAGGACAGACAGGGCAUCGGGCUGUCCACAUCACUUCCACCAACGCCUUGCAGCAGCAGCAGGCAACAUUGCAGUUCUGCAGACAAUACCAAAGGAAAAUUUUGCAUGGCUACAAAGGUAGUUGGGACAACUAUGGAAGUAGAAGGCCUUGCUGCAUUGGAAUAUACAAGAACAUCAUGUCCUGACAACAACAAUAACAUGUCGGCAUGCUCAGAGGCUAGCAGUUGUGAAUGCAUUGAUGUGGCCUUGGAAAACCAUGAAGAAGUGGACAGAAAUGCAAAGACAGUACCAAAGAGGCAGAUUCAUCUGAAAAGACGGGAUAACACAGAGUCUCAUGCUAAUAAGAAAGAGAUUAUUCCAUCUACACCUAACCAGCCACGAGACAUACUCCAGCGUCAGCACAGUACCCCUGCUGUCUUUCAUCAGGGCUCACAUGGAUCUGAAACCAAGUCUGGGCAAAGUGAACAAAAGCAGCUUCAACAAAAGCUUCAGAAAUCAUUAUCAUUGGAUGAAACAUCCAGCAAAACCAAAAUGGCUUCCUGCAUCAUUAAAAAUGUCCUUUCAAAGAGGAUGCAACAUGAACAGAAUCUUCACAGUGAGGACGUUCUUGAUCAAACCUUCUAUCCUAUCAAAACAGAUGGCAGAGCCAAUAAUAUUGAUUACCUGACCUCUUGUGCUAAGGAAGAGUGCACUGAAAUUUAUGAUGGGAACUUAGCUACAGUUACCCUUUUAAGUUGCUAUACUUCAUCUCAGAGUCCAACGCUGAAGACUGACUCCCAGACAAUGAGCUUUAUCAAAGAACAUAUCAGUGUCAGCUCCAAAGUACUUCCUAAACUGAUAACCAAACACAGUUUCAACCCUCUGCUUGGAGGUUUAGGCAGAACACAAUUUCAAGGAAGUGGUACUGAAAUAGCUGCCUAUUCUGAAACUGAACAAGAGAAGCUGAGUCCCAGUAAGGAGUCAAACCAGGGCAGUAAAGAGAAGCUAUCCUGUGACUCAGCAAAAGGUAAAGCAUGGAACUUGAGUGCAGUGACAAGUGGAGCUGUUGGCAAACAAGCCACAGUGAAAACUACACCUGAUGAAUGUGUCAAUGUGCAGGCAGCCCAGAAACAACAUUAUGUCAAGGAUCAGCCCAUUGAGAAGCAAGAGAAACCAGGUGAGAGUAAAGAAAGCACCCAAAGUCCCUCAGUGUCUGCUAGGCUAGCUUGUAGUCUGGAUUCAAACACGGUGGAUAAUGCCCUGUCCCAGUCUGCUAGGUGUAAUCUUGAAAAAGAUCAGGAGAGUGGCAAGGGAGAACUCAGAACCCCUGGGCAGUCAGUAAAUAUGGGCAUUCAGAACCAAGGAAAAUUCAAAGCAAUAUCCCCUGUGCAUGUGGUGAGGGAUAUGCGGAGCCUAGUAAAAAACACAUACAGUCUGUCAUUCAGAGGGCCCAGUGAGGAAGUACAAGGGCUGGAUUUCCAUAGUUUCACAACAGCACCACCACAUCCAGUUAUCAGCAAAAGGGAGAGCAAAUUGAACGGACACAAACAAGGUGAAAAACUACAUGUGCCAAAUCCAACACUACCUCUUGCACUGGAAACAGUCAUGGAUUUGGCUUCUAUUGAUACUUCUUCCAGAGAAUGUGCAACAAAGGCUCUUUCUAUCCUGGAAUCAAAUGACAAAUUUCCCCAUACUGGAUUUACAAAGGUCAGCCCAAUUAGUGCAGACCAGACAAACAGUUGUGGAUUGUCAAAAUCCCCAGAGGUUCAGGACAGCACAACAGCUAUGAGCCAAACAAAUGCCCAACGUAGCAACACAUACAUAAAACAAAAACCUUGCACAAGCAAGCCAAUACAAGCGCAUAAGGGGACCUUUACUAACGCAUCUACAAAUGAGCAGUCUGCAGACAUCAGGAACCCAGAAUGUGAGAAACCUAAAAUCUUUGCUGUGCAUCCAAAGCAGCCACUGACAACUGCAUUACUCUCUUGUCCGCCUACAGAAAGUUCUGGCCAGCAGGGUAGCUGUAAGCUCUCCAACCAGGAAAGAUCUUUAGAAAAAGAUGCCCAACAAAUUCCAGGCCAAGCUGCAAAAUCACAAAGCUCAGCUGGAUCUCCCUCUGCUUGCAUGUUAACAGUUGCUCCAGCACCGGUUUUCCCAUCAUACUUCUACAAUCCUAAUGUACUAAGCUACCAGACAAUCUCCCCCAAAAUGGGGACAGUUAGUUAUGUUCAAGGUCCUGUCUUGCUGCAAAUGGCACCUCACAACCAGCCGCCUACAGCAAGUGGUCCUAUCCCCUUGAAAAAAUCAUUAUCAGUGGAAAACAGACUGCUAUCUCAGCUAUACACAGCAGAUGGCUACCCAGUACCGCAAGAGACAUCUAAGCAGAUGGAGAGUGGAGAUAUCAGCCACAAAAUGCCUUCUCCAGAUACCCAACCGUGCACAGCUUUUGUCACAACCUUUGAUGAUGAGGGCAAACAUGGAGGAUCUAGUAUCUUGUAUCCGGAAAUGGAUGGAAGUCAGCAUAUGUCAAAUCCUCGACACACAUUGCUAGACCCUGAAACCGGCCAAUGCUUCUAUGUAGACAUGCCACAACUGCCACAACGCAAGAUGCUCUUUGACCCAGAGACCUGUCAGUAUGUUGAGGUCGUAGUCCCACCGCAAACUUUAUCCAGUACUGUUAUGACAACCCCCUGUGCUGUACCUUUCUCCUCCCUUCACAUCCCAACCAUGUACACUCCACAUUGCCUGUCUUAUGUCCAGACACACCAUUGGGAGCUGCCACCACCACAACCUUGAGAGUUGACACAAAGGCCUGUACAGGUUGUGUGAACUGGUUGAAUGGAAUAGUUUGACACUUAGUUCUGGACACAGAAAAUAUGAAAUUUGUAUAACGUUUAAUAAUGUUUAAUAACAUUACAUCAUUUUAAUGGUUUGCGUAGCUGAGCACAAACUGAUAUAUCUACCUCUGGAAUUAGUAGCUGUCAUUUCAUUAAUUCUGAAGGAUGCACAAACACACACAAUUACAUGAAAGACAUGAAGGUAAAUGUAACAAUCUCACUAAUACAAAAAAUAAUUUUCUUUUUCUUUAUAUUCGUAUAUGAAGACCAAGAACAUGUCCUCAUUUACUGUCAUUUUACACAUUUUUUGCAUUUGUGACAAUAUCUGGUCCUCACAGUGUAAAUAUUGGAGUUCAGCAAUGAAUAUAAUGGGUGACACUUCACUCCGGAAUAUUUUUCCAGGAACUUGUUUGGCAUAUUUGUUUGAAAUAUUAAGCAUGGAUAAGUAAGAGAAACAAUGAUCAACUAGUGCACAUUAUUUAAUUUACACACUGACAGAAGCACUUUGUACCACAACCACGAGAAAUGUGCACAGCGUAUCUUGUACUAGAAAUCAUUUAAUAUCAAUUUUCAGUAUCAUUUAUUUUAAAAAGACUUCCUUGAAAGUACAGUAAAAUAUAUGUUUGGUCAGUUUUCUAUGGAUCCUUAUAGAUGGGUUUAUUCCCUUUGGGAAGCCAAUUGUCUUACUAAUGGUCAGUCUCAAAUAAGGAAAAAAAAAUUACCAGACUGCUCUUAUGAA